CUCCUAUCCUGAUAUAGUCCUGCUGUACUCUUGAAGAAGUGGAACCAAAUUCCAACUUUUGUAUCGUCGACUCAACCGCCACUAUGCGUCACUCUGGCAGUCUCUGGCGGGACUAUUCGCAGCUGAGGCUGGAGGGCGAAAUAUAUUUAUGGUCCACGAUAGUAAGCGACGUCCAGACAGAUCCACUGUUUAGAUCAACAUUUCGUCUAUGGUGCCACGUCCACAAUUGUCCUAUCCAAAUCGCGCUGAUCUUCAGAGACGUACCCACUGGAUCAAAGACGUUACAAUUUGAGGGGUAUCAUUGACUAGGGUCGAUAUCCUUUCUAUUAGGGAAAGGAAGAUUCAAAAACCCCAAAAACCCCGCUUGAGAAUAAACAUCGUUGUCCACAGUUGCCUCUAUUUUCCGCACACCUCAUCCGCCGCAGCACCUACUGAGAACCUGUCCUCUCUUAUCACCGAUUACGAUGUCUUAUAAAGUUACCUUGGAGACCCCUGAUGGGAAAUUCACCAUUGAUUGUGAUGAGGAUGCAUACAUCCUGGAUGCAGCCGAGGAACAAGGCAUUGACUUGCCUUAUUCAUGCCGUGCAGGCGCAUGUUCCACCUGCGCUGGAAAGAUCAUUUCUGGCACAAUUAAUCAGGAAGAUCAAUCGUUUCUCGACGACGACCAAAUAGAAGCUGGAUUCGUCUUACUCUGUGUCGCUUACCCCACCAGCGACUGUGUCAUUUCCACCCAUAAGGAAGACGACCUUUACUGAUAGGACACCUGAAUUCCUUUUUUUCCCUCGGGGUUGUUCUCCAUAUAGAUAGCACAAAAAUGAUGGGAACCACGUUUAUCAGUUGGAGCACUACGCCACCUCUGUCCCCCCUAUCAUGACCAGUCAAAAUACCUUCACCCAGCACAUUACAACGCCUAGGACGACAUCCUCAACGGUAACACGAGCAUUAAUUGAAACGCCGGGCAUCUCCAUACAAGUGGCCUUAAAGCAAACCACACUACGCACUACACUCGUACUGAAGCAUAAAGCAAGGCCGCAGUCAGCCUAGCAAUACUUCAUAUGUACGCGAUGGGUUGAUAUCGGCUUCAAUAGUGUAUCUUCUAUCUUUUAUAUAAC